AUGAAGCGGAUUAGAGAUGAUGUGUACUCCUCUGGGUCUCAAUUCAAACGUCCUUUGUCUUCUUCACGAGGCGAAUCAUAUGUGCAAUCUCCAGUCCCUGGUGAUGGGGGAGUAAACUCUCAGAAGUUGACAACAGAUGAUGCUUUGUCUUACUUGAAAGAUGUUAAAGAGAUGUUUCAGGAUCAAAGGGAUAAAUAUGAUAUGUUUCUUGAGGUUAUGAAAGACUUCAAGGCACAAAGGACUGAUACAUCUGGUGUGAUUGCACGAGUCAAGGAGUUGUUUAAAGGGCAUAACAAUUUGAUUUUCGGGUUUAACACGUUUCUGCCUAAGGGAUUUGAGAUAACUCUUGAUGAAGUAGAAGAAGCUCCACCUAAGAAAACUGUUGAGUUUGAAGAAGCUAUAUCUUUUGUUAAUAAAAUUAAGAAACGGUUCCAGAACGAUGAAGAUGUGUAUAAGUCUUUCUUGGAGAUCUUAAAUAUGUAUCGGAAGGAUGAUAAGGACAUCACUGAGGUUUACAAUGAGGUAGUAUCGGCUCUUUUUGAGGACCACCUGGAUUUGCUUGAAGAGUUUACGAGGUUUCUGCCAGAGUCGUUGGCGCCUCAUUCAGCAGCCCAGUUAAUACGUAGUCAGGCCCAACGGUAUGAUGACCGAAGAUCUGGCCCUCCUCUUGUGCGUAGAAUGUUAAUAGAAAAGGAUCGCCGACGAGAAAAACCUGUUGCUUCUCGGAGUGACCGUGAUCAUAGUGUUGACCGUUCUGACCUUAAUGAUGAUAAAGCAAUGGUUAAGAUGCACAGAGAGCCCAAGAAACGAGUCGAUAAGGAGAAUAGAGAAAGGAGAAGCCGUGAUUUGGACGAUGGAGAAGCAGAGCAAGAUAACUUGCACCAUUUCUCAGAGAAAAGGAAGUCAUCCAGAAGAACGGAGGGCUUUGAAGCUUACUCCGGUCCUGCUUCACAUUCGGAGAAAAACAAUCUAAAAAGCAUGUACAACCAAGCAUUUGUGUUUUGUGAGAAAGUAAAGGAGAGAUUAUGCAGCCAAGAUGAUUAUCAGACGUUCUUGAAGUGUCUCAAUAUAUUCAGCAAUGGAAUUAUCCUUAGGAAAGAACUGCAGAAUUUGGUUUCCGAUCUGCUUGGAAAAUUCCCUGAUCUCAUGGAGGAGUUCAAUCAGUUUUUCGAGCGUUGUGAGAGUACUGAUGGUUUCCAGCACCUCGCUGGCGUUAUGAGCAAAAAAUCACUUAGCAGUGAAGAACAUUUAUCCAGGUCAGUGAAGGGGGAGGAGAAGGAAAGAGAACACAAACGCGACCUUGAUGCUGCUAAGGAAAAGGAGCGUUCCAAGGAAAAGUACAUGGGGAAAUCUAUUCAAGACCUUGAUCUAUCUGAUUGCGAGCGUUGCACUCCUAGCUACCGGCACCUCCCAUCGGAUUAUCCAAUACCUUCGGUGCGCCACAGACAGAAAUUAGGGGCUGCUGUUUUAAAUGAUCACUGGGUUUCUGUCACCUCAGGAAGUGAAGACUACUCUUUUAAGCACAUGCGCAGAAACCAAUAUGAAGAAAGUUUGUUUAGAUGUGAAGAUGACAGAUUUGAGUUGGAUAUGCUGUUGAAAUCUGUGGAUUCUGCUGCGAAAAGUGCAGAAGAGUUGUUGAAUAAUAUAAUUGAGAAGAAAAUAAGUAGCUCCUUCCGGGUUGAAGACCACUUCACAGCCCUAAAUUUAAGGUGCAUAGAGAGACUUUAUGGCGACCAUGGUCUUGACGUGACAGACCUAAUACGUAAGAAUCCAACCGCUGCACUUCCUGUAAUUCUUACUCGUUUGAAGCAGAAACAAGAAGAAUGGACAAAAUGCCGUGAAGAUUUUAAUGUGGUCUGGGCGGAUGUGUAUGCGAAAAAUCAUUACAAGUCACUUGAUCACCGCAGCUUCUAUUUUAAGCAGCAAGAUUCUAAGAACUUGAGUGCAAAAGCGCUGGUGACUGAAAUCAAGGACCUGAAAGAGAAGUCUCAGGAAGAAGAUGAUGCUCUUCUGUCUGUAGCUGCUGGUCACAGACAACCCAUAAAUCCUCACCUCGAGUAUGAAUAUUACGACAGGACUAUUCAUGAAGAUCUAUUCAAACUAGUCCAGUUUUCGUGUGAAGAGAUAUGUUCUACAAAGGAACAGAUCGGCAAAGUUCUGAGGCUCUGGAAAAAUUUCUUGGAGCUGAUCCUUGGUGUUCCACCCAGGGCCAAGGGGUCAAAUUCUGUUGAAGAUGUUGUAGAAACCAAGCAUCACGGUGUACUAACGAGUGGGGAGGUUAAUGUGAGUUCUGACUCAACAAAUUUGGUUUCGAGGCAACUAAAGUUUACUGCCAAUGGAGAUGAGUGUGCUUCAUCUGGGGUCUCCAAACAUAGCGCGACUGGUUUGUUAAAGAGGGAUUCUUCAGCGAAAGAAAAUUGUAAGGAUGGUGAUCCUGCUAAUAAAGAUGUUGCCACCUGUUCUACUGUAAAACCCCAGAAAGAUCAAGAAAAUAGAAAUGGAACCGAUAAACAAUCUGGAGGUGUUGAUGACAGAGUAGCCACAUUCCCAAGUGGGGUAGAAAACAAUAAUGGUAAAGUAGGGAGUGGAGAUUUGUCAGGUUCACGUGGCAUUUUGUCCAAACCAGGUGACGCCAUAGAGAGCACUGAUACCAUUCAGCAUACUCAGGCGCGUAAUAUUGGCAGAACUAUAGUUAUAACAAAUGGAUUGCUGCCAGAUGCUUCUAAAGCCAACAGUAAUUAUGGUGAACCUGGUGGUCCAUCCAAUAUUGAGAAGGAGGAAGGUGAAUUGUCACCUAUAGGCGAUUCUGAAGACAACUUUGUUGUUUAUGAAGAUCGUGGUUUGAAGUCUACUGUCAAGGCAGAACAUUCUGUUGAAGCUGAAGGAGAAAAUGAUGAUGAUGCUGACGAUGAAGAUGGUGAUGAUGCUUCAGAAGGUGGUGAGGACGCGUCGGGAACUGAAUCUGUUGGCGACGAAUGUUCACAAGACGGUAAUGGUAUGGAGGAAGAGGGUGAGCAUGAUGAGAUUGAUGGUAAAGCUGAAAGUGAAGGAGAGGAAAUGGAUUCGCAUCUUAUAGAAGAAGACAAUCGGUUGCUUCCAUUGUCAGAACGUGUUCUGUUAUCCGUUAAGCCUCUUUCAAAGCAUGUAGCUGCAGCAGCGUUGCUUGAUGAGAGACGAAAAGAUUCCAGAGUAUUCUACGGGAAUGACGACUUUUAUGUUCUUUUCAGGCUUCAUCGAAUCCUGUACGAGAGAAUUUUGUCUGCAAAAACAUAUUGCACAGGCGGUGAAAUGAAUCGGAGAAACACUAAAGAUACUAGUUCACCAGAUCCUUAUGCAAGGUUUAUGAGUGCUCUGUUUAGUCUGCUUAAUGGCUCAGCUGAAAAUUCCAAGUUUGAGGAUGAAUGUCGCGCUAUUAUUGGAAACCAAUCAUAUGUUUUAUUCACGUUGGAAAAACUUAUAUACAAACUGGUUAAACAGCUUCAAGCUAUUGUAGCGGACGAUAUGGAUAAUAAGCUUCUUCGGCUGUAUGAGUACGAGAAAUCACGGAAACCUGGGAGGGUCAUUGACUCAGUGUAUUAUGAAAACUCGAGGAUUCUCCUUCACGAGGAAAAUAUUUAUCGGUUGGAAUGUUCGUCCUCUCCACCUCGUUUGUCAAUCCAGCUUAUGAAUAAUAUAGUCGAAAAGCCAGAGGCUUGUGCAGUUUCCAUGGAUCCCACGUUUGCAAGUUAUCUGCAAAAGGAGUUUCUUUCCAACUCAUCAGGGAAAAAAGUAGUGCCACAGGCCAUUGUGUUACAAAGGAACAUGCGUGGAUACUCUGGUCUGGAUGAUCUUGCAAUAGCCUGCAAGGCAAUGGAAGGUGUAGAAGUAAUUAAUGGCCUUGAGUGCAAGAUGUCUUGCUCUUCCUACAAGAUAUCGUAUGUUUUGGACACGGAGGAUUUCUUCCACAGGAAGAGGAAGAAGCAGAAGAAGAGCGAGAACUCGUCACAUGACAGAUCAUUAUCGCAGCAACGCAAGUUGUACAGAAUAGAAAGAUUCCACAAGUUUCUCUCGGCUCCAAGAUAACAGACAACAACAACAACAACAAGAACAUCAAAAGCCGAUCUUUUAUUUACUUCAACACACAAGGAAGGUUACAGGCAGACCAAGUUCUCUCUCUGCAGACCUUCCCAGGAAUAAAAAGAAGUUACAAUACUUUCUCGUUAGUAUUCUGUGAAGAAGUUCCUUGCACAGUAGUGUGUAUUUAUCUAAUUUGUAUCUUGAUUUAGGUAAUGUGUGGAUGUAAAUAUUGGAGAACACAUACAUGUGGUUAUCCUCUUGGUUUGUAUUUACAAACAUAGAAAUGUUCCAAAGAGAGAUUCUCUCUUUUUAU